AUGGUCGGAUUCGAUAAAUCAAAAUACCACAACCUUUCUAAUGCGGAUUUUAUUGUUGCGGGUUGCUUUAGUGGGUUCUGUGGCAGAGCAUGCGUUCAACCAUUAGAUGUGGUUAAAGUUAGAUUUCAGCUCCAAGUAGAACCUAUCUCAGCAUUUCAAGAAUCUGCAAAAUACCGAAGUGUCUUUCAAGCCAUUAAGUGCAUUGCAAAAGAGGAGGGAUUUGCUGCAUUUUGGAAGGGUCACCUUUCCUCGCAAAUUCUUGCUGUUUCCUACUCCGGAAUACAGUUUACCUCAUUUGAGCUCUUCACAAGAUGGUACACCUACUUAACCAAGGGGAUCGAAGGAGAUCCUGAAACACGCCAAUCCAUUGCAUCGGCAGUCAAUUUCACGUGUGGUUGUCUUGCUGGCGUCACUGCAGCAACCUUCACACAGCCUCUGGAUGUUCUGAAAACAAGAUUUAUAGCUCAAGGGGAGCCACGUAUCUAUAACAAUAUUCGAGAUGCCAUAGUCAGUAUUGCUCAAAAGGAGGGUUUUCAAGGCUUUUUCCGAGGACUCAGUCCAUCCAUCCUCCUCACGGCUCCACAGACUGGUCUCAACUUUGCUGUUUAUAAGUUCACGGUGCAUCUUAUCGAACUGUGGGACACUCGGGUUCUGAAGCAGCCACCGAUAGAUCCUUCAGCAGAUGUCAGCAUGGCUCGAAGUGUUACUGCUGGCUCUGUGGCUGGAGUUGUUUCUAAGUGCCUGGUUUACCCCAUGGAUGUCGCCAAGAAACGGCUCCAAGUUCAGGGUUUCGAAGAUGCUCGAAGUUACUUCGGUCGCCCACUUAUAGUUCGAGGUCUACGUGAUUGUAUUGUGAAGACCUGGCGCAAUGAAGGCGUAGCGGGAUUAUUCAAAGGUCUUCAACCAUCCAUAUUUAAAGCUUGCCUCUCAAUGGGAUGUCGAUUCUCCGUCUACGAAAAGAGCUGCAAUUUCCUCUCGCAUCGGAACAAAGCCAGAGCUGCAAAGCCUACUGCGUAG